UGAGGGCCCAAUCUUCUGUAGCACCUGCAGCUUCAGACCACCCCCCCUCCUCCCCGCUUGCUCUCUUUCUCGCCUGUACUGGAGAUUGAACUCAGGGCCUUGGGAUGCAGGAAAGCCCUCUUUGAGAUACUCCCGUUAGGUUUCCAGGCUGGCCUCCAACUCCCUCUGACGCUCAGCCAGGCUUUGAACUUGAGAUCCCAUCCCUUCCCAGUGGCUUACAGGUCCUUGUCACUGGGCCAGGCCCCAGAUCCUCUUUGAAGCUCUCCUUGAUGCUUGCAAUGUCCCCAGUGCUCUGCAGUACGGAAGCAACUCACUUUACUUGAUUGCACUGAAGCCCAGGCAGUAUGGAAUGCUCUGGGGAGAACCUUCUGGACAGGCACCUUGAAGGAGGUUGGUUUACUCUGCCUCUAGAAGGGAGAUCUUGGGCCCGGUGAGUUUAAUCUCCCUUCACAAGGUCAGUUCUGCUGACUCCACUAAUCCAUCCACUAAUCCAUCCCCAGGAACUUCAGGAAACACAGCGGGUGGCUUGGGAGAGGUGGCCGGGGCCUUUGUGGCCCCUCACCUGUGGCCUUCUUCUGGCAGAGUUGGUGUUCAGGGGGGGAUGGGGCAGCUGAGCCAUGUGCACCACCCUCUUCCUGCUCAGCUUGGCCAUGCUGUGGCGCCGCAGAUUCACCAACCGGGUGGAACCAGAGCCCAGCAGAGAGGACGGGGCGGUUGUGGGCAGCAGCUCGGACACAGACCUUCAGUCUUCGGGCAGGGAGAAAGAACCUGUGAGGUAGGCCCUUGCUUCUUCAGGCUGCUCAGCUCUGGGGACUGUGACCCACCGGCCAGGACAGCUGGAGUCCUGCUUCACCCCCUAUCCCAGGAGGAUGCUGUAGGGCCAGAGGCAGCGUCUGGAGGGAUAACAGGAGAAGCAGUCGAGGAGAAGGUAAGCUUGUCCCCACAACCUCCAGGUCUGCUCCUAGACAGACCGUGACUAUAGGGCUCGCAAGCAAGGCUGGCGCUGGCAGGAAGAACAGGGAUGCCUGUGCUCCUGAGUUCCUGGUUGGAGGAACUGCCAAGCUGGACAAGGCAGAGAGAGGGACUUUCCAGGCUCCCCCAGGCUAAUGGCAGGGAACCCCAGCAUCCCAGAGUUGGGUGCAAGCAGAGAGAAAGAAGCCUUGCAAAACAAGGGAAGGAUAAAGGAUAGCCUGGGCUUAGUCAUCAAGGGCUCCCCAAUUCAUUCUCUAAUCCGAUCCUGACAUAACCCACAGGCAGCCGUCCUGAUGUCUAUGGUACACGCACAGGAAGACACAGGGAGAAGCCCAUUGCCACAACGCUAUUAGGUGGGGGAUUCAAGCGCACGACCUUCUUGACUUUGCAGCCGCUUGGCAAAGGGGGUUCUGUUGGCCUGGCCAUCUGUCAGCUCAGGAGCUGUUCUGCUAAACCCCUGGAGUCUCGGGCUGGGCCGUGACACUUUG